GAUAAACUGACAAAGUAGUCAACCCAUCCCAGACUCAUCUCUUCCCGACAAAAACCUCCGAAAACGUGUUCGAAUUUUGCAGCUCCCCAAAAGGUUUUGGGAUGUAAAAGCUCUUUGGAUAUCACAUGAAAUGUGAAAAGUACAUAAGGUAGCUGCAGUAUCCAUUUAAUGAAAUCUAAUGACCUCUUUCAAACCUAACACCUAUCACUCAAAUUAUAUUCUCCGCCUUCAUCUUCUCCUUUUAUGCCCAAACUCUCCUCCCUUCUCUCCACCUACUUCCAGAGCAUUAGGGUUUCCAAGAAAUCCUAGGUUUUGUUCUCUCUCACAUUCUCCUCGAUUCUCUUCUUCGUGUUCAUCGUCUCUUCCGUUCAUGGAGAUUGUCAAAGCAACUGUUAGGCAAGGUUCUGCAGAACAUGAAAGGAUUGCUCUAAGAAUUGGGCAGAAGAGUUACUCUUAUGCUCAACUUAUCUCAUCUGCUUGUAGGCUAUCCAACUUACUAUGUGGUGGUGACUUCAAUGGUGUGCAUGAUGGGAAAACAAAUGAAAACUCUUCCUCAUUAAAAUGCACUAGAGGAACACGAUAUCUCGAUGGAGCUCGGAUAGGAAUUGUAGCUAAACCUUCUGCCGAAUUUGUUGCUGGGAUGCUGGGCACUUGGCUAAGUGGAGGAGUUGCAGUUCCGCUCGCACUCAGCUAUCCGGAAGCUGAACUCUUCCAUGUUAUGAUUGAUUCGGAUGUUUCUGUGCUACUAAGCACUGAAGAACAUCAAGAUCUUAUGGAGAAUGUUGCUGCUAAAUGUGCCUCUCAGUUUUCUCUUAUACCACCUGUUCCCAGUAUUCCAUUGAGUACAAAUUUGCAUGAACAGUCAAAUACUGGCAAUGUUGAUGUUGUGACUUUAUUCAAGGAAAUUGAAAAUUCAAAAAUGGCAGAAGGUGAUGAUCAUGCAUUGAUCGUGUAUACAAGUGGUACAACAGGUAAACCUAAAGGGGUCGUCCACACACACGAGAGCAUAAAAGCACAGGUCCAGAUUCUGACAGAGGCUUGGGAAUACACAUCAGCUGAUCAGUUUUUACACUGCCUACCCUUACACCAUGUGCAUGGUCUCUUUAAUGCUUUACUUGCCCCACUUUACGCUGGUUCUCUGGUGGAGUUCAUGCCAAAAUUUAGUGUGAGGGGAAUCUGGCAGAGAUGGCGUGAAUCAUAUCCACAAGAUGGAAGUAAGGUUGAUGAUGCAAUUACUGUGUUCACAGGGGUUCCAACAAUGUACACUAGAUUGUUACAAGGUUAUGAAGCAAUGGAUCCGGAAUUACAAGCUGCUUCUGCCUCAGCUGCCCACCAGUUACGACUUAUGAUGUGUGGAUCCUCGGCACUUCCUUUGCCCGUUAUGAAACAAUGGGAAAGCGUAACAGGUCAUUGCCUUUUGGAGCGCUAUGGCAUGACUGAGUUUGUCAUGGCAAUGUCUAAUCCUUUGAAAGGUGUUCGAAAGGGGGGGACAGUUGGCAAACCACUUCCGGGUGUGCAGGUCAAAAUUCUUGCAGAAGACGAGAGUGGAAAUGAAACAGCGGUGGGGGAGCUUUGCGUUAAAAGUCCUUCAUUGUUCAAGGAAUACUGGAAAAGACCUGAGGUAACCAAAGCAUCAUUUGUUGAUGGUGGAUUCUUCAAGACAGGAGAUACAGUUAGAGUGGAUGAGGAUGGCUACUACAUUAUCCUGGGACGUACGAGUGCUGAUAUCAUGAAAGUCGGUGGAUAUAAGCUGUCGGCAUUAGAAAUCGAAGCAGUGCUUUUGGAGCAUCCGGCUGUGUCAGAGUGUUGUGUGCUAGGCUUACCAGACAAAGAUUAUGGGGAAUCCGUGAGUGCAGUGAUUGUCCCAAGUGAAGAUGCAAAGAGACGAGGGGAGGAUUUGAAACCAGCAAUCAGCUUGGAAGAACUUCGAACAUGGGCUAAGGAGAAACUCGCUCCAUACAAGAUACCAACCAGAUUGUUCUUGUGGGAUAUGAUUCCUCGUAAUGCAAUGGGAAAGGUCAACAAAAAAGAGGUGAAGAAAAUGCUCGAGUGAUGUGCGAUGUUACAAAAACCUCAUUAGCUUGCUUUUGGUACACUGCUAUCCUGAGAACUCUUUGAACUAAUUCCAAGUUACCUAGAAGAACAGAGGAGAAUAAAUCUUAGAGGGCAAUUCCAGAAUCCCCUUUUCUGGGCCCCCCUUGCAGCCCCAUUUCAGUCCUUUUUCUUAUUCAUGUCAGGGGGGCUUAUAUUCUAAAAUCUAUUCAGAAUGAUGCAUUAGUUUUUAUUGUAUUUCAUAAAAGAAGAUACAAAAAUAGUGUAGACGCUUGUGAACGGUUGUUAUUUUUUCAUUAACCAGCUCUUUAUUGAAAUGAAUGCUGGCAAUUCAAUUCA